UCCUCACCUUCCCCAUUUCUCUCUCACUCACUCUUCUCUCCAAAAUUGAACUUCUAAUUAAAAUUCAAACUCACCUUUCAUUAAUUUGAUUCUCUCUAAAGUUUGUAAUUUAUAAUUCAAAACUCUUCUUUCAUCAAUUUGAUUCUCUCAAAUAGUAGUCAAAAUUUUACAAGUCUGUAGCAUAGAUUUUUCAAUCUCUUUGAGACGAUAUCAUAAACUAUUCUAGAAUUCUGACAAAGAAGGAUCAUAUAUAAUGGGAAGGUAUAUAAAGAAGUGUAAGGGAAUUGGAGAGGUCGCGAUUAUGGAAGUAUCAGAUGUAGAUUUGGACGUGUCGCGGGCAACGAAAAAGAGGAAGUUAUUUGAUGCAGAUAUGAAGCUUUCUCCGGCGAUACGCUGCUUUAAAAGUUACUCCAGCGUCGUAGAUACGCCGGAAAAUUUAAUUUUUCCGGCGAGUUCAGUCAAUUCGAAGGAGAAUUAUGCUUCGAGUAAACCGGCUUUGAGUUCAUCAUCUUGUUGCUCAAUGAACAGAUCGCUAGAUGUGGAUGAAAACGGCAUGGAGGUUGUAGCGUCCACAGAGAAUAGACAAAUGAAGUUAUCUAGCAAGCUUCAACCUGAAUCCGGGGAACUGGAGUCGACGAAAAUGCCAAAAUAUGAGAGUUCUCCUCCCCGUCGAAUGCCGGAGAAAAUGCCGUCGAGAAAUGAAAUAGAAGAGUUUUUUGCACGAUGCGAGAAAACCAUGUUUAAACGAUUUCGAGAAAAGUACAACUUCGACUUUGAGAAGGAGGAGCCAUUGGAAGGUCGUUACGAGUGGGUCCAGAUAUAUGAGGAACAUGAAACUUGAAAUUCUCUGUAAGAUUUACCCCAAUAAUUGGUACGUAGCACUAGCUAGCUUAAUAACUUACCUAAUUUAGUCUCUGGUAGUAUUUGGUACACUAGUUCCAGUAAUGUUUAGGUUUUAGUUUUCAUGUUUUCAUGUUCUUUUGUUUCUUCAGAUAGUCAGAUGCACUUACAUUAGUUGUCGUCUAAUUUGAUUUUAUAAAAUAAUUGAAUAACCUUUUUACGAUA